UGCAGAUCCAUACACAUGAACAUACCCGGUGGAGCAUUCCUGCUUGUCCAAUACCACAACGCUGUCCAUCUGAACUUGGUGCCGCAGGAAUAUUAGCACUUUUAGCACUGAAAGCACACCGAUGACCACAGGGCGUGCCAUGGUCAGCGGUUCCGCCAGCCCUGUGGGCUCAGGUCCUUCACAGCUGGUCACAAGUUGGGAUUGCACCUCCGGGUACCGGACACCAGAUCGUCCCAGAGGCUUCAUCAGGUGCUUUGAGCGCAAAGAGCCUGAGCAAGUUGUUAAGCGACGGCAAAGCACUUCCAGCAUAGACAAGUUGUCUCAUGAGGCAUUGUUAGCACCUGCGAGGGAGCUGCGGCGAAUGUCACUGGCACCGCCAGUGGAUGCAGAGAAGGCUCAAAAGGAGCUUGAAGAGACGAAGAAUCUUCUUGAGAAAUGUAUGUCUGACCUAGCAGAUCAGAAAAUGUAUGAUCAGAUGCUUGAGAAGUUCAGGCCCUUUUUGACAGCGCUCUCACGGGCAGAACAACUCCUCCGCCGUGAGCAGCCUGAAACGCUGCUGGGCUUCUUGGAACCUAAGGGAAGAAUUUUGACGUUCCUGCUGGAGCUUCACCAGCAAAAGCGCCAGUACCGGCGCCAGACGCACUGCUCACUGAAUGUGCUCUUGCAGUGUGAUUCGUGGCUGGACGUGUAUCACCGUGAAGGCCUUCUGGCCAGAACGCCUCAGGAGCUGCUGCUGGCGCUGCCCAUGUUGCAACGUCGCCGGGUGUCGAAGAUUCCGGAACCUGAUUUGCUCAAGGUCGUGGAGGCUCCAUCGCCACCGGUGAUCUCCCCGACGCGUCGCGCCGCCGUGGAGGCAGAUGCCAAAGUCAUGCGGGAGAAGCGUCUGCGAAGGGCAACUAGAAGGCCAGAGGAGUCGCUGGAAGAUCUACUGAUUAAGAGCAGGGAUCAAGCAGAGGCGUUGGACUAUGCCGCCGGUGGAGACUCUGAUGAGGUUCAGGUGGCUUUUGAGACUUUCCACCGUGCCGUCGCGGACCCAGUAGAAGCAAGGUGCGGCAAGCAUUUGAAAAGAAGGCAGCUGCAAAGGCAGAUCCGAUCUAGGCAGAUCCAGGCCGAUCCAGUGUCCAGAUUUUUUCGAGGUGAAGCGGAAGGCUUGGAGAUCACGAGUCUUCUAUGUGCAGGGCCCCCAACUGGUCCUGCCCUACCUGUGGUUGUGCUGACUGACCCUAUUUCCACUGGAGCGUUUCUGGUGGACAUCGUGUUGUCUCGCGGCUUCGGGGUCCUCGUCUUGUGGAGUAAAGAACGCGCAGAGUCAUUGCCUAUCAGCCACAAAGGAGUCUACAAGGCAGUCAAAGAGCAAGUCUCCAUUCCUGAAACUGUGAAGGCAAUCAAAGGUGCUCUCAGUCCAGGCUCUGCAAUUAUAGCUUGCAUUCCUGGCAGUGAAUAUGGUGUCAACUUGGCGGAUCUCAUUUCCAUUUGGCUUGGCCUUCUUGCGAACGGCUCUGGGAACCGACCUUUUCCCGCAGGUGACCGCCGAAACAAACAUUUGCAGAGCAGUGUGCUCAAAGGAAUUGCUGGUUGCCGUGCCAUUCGUGAAGUUUGUGGCUGUGCAUGGGAAGAGGUGAGAGAUUCUUGCAGGGAAUUGGGGCUUCCUAUGGUGGUGAAGCCGGUGCAGUCUGGAGGGACGGAUGGAGUCAAACUUUGCCACUCCAUGAAGGCAGUAGAGGAGCAUUUCAGGCACUUGCAAGCCACACCGAGAAAAGUUGCGUCCUCUGACCAUGCAAUUCUGCUCCAGGAAUUUAUGGUUGGCCAGGAGUAUGUGGUGGACCAAGUAUCUCGGGAUGGAGUGCACAAGACUAUCAUGACUUGGGUCUAUGAGAAGCAACCGGCAAAUGGUGGUGAUUUUGUCUAUCUAGCAAUGCGUCCAGUGGAGACCAAGGAGUGUCCAAGUGAUCUGAUCCCAUACACUCGUUCAGUGCUUGAUGCAUUGGACAUUCAGAACGGCGCGACCCACGCAGAAGUCAUGAUGACUGCUGAUGGUCCCUGUCUUAUUGAAGUCAACGUGAGGGUCAUGGGUGGCAACGGCUCCUUUAUCUCUUUGGCACGUUUGCUCACUGGGACUUCACAUGCUGAUGCGGUUCUUGAUUGCAUCGACCAGAAGCGCUUUGAUGCCUUGCCUGAUGUCCCCAGGGCCUUUCAAGCUUCAGGUCUGGUGGUGUUUCUCAUCUCUUAUUCUUCUGGCAUUGUGGCAAGCACACCAGGCUACGAGGUGAUGAAGAAGAUGGAUUCAUUCCUCGAAUUGCACACAUCUAUUUCACCCGGAUCUGCAGUAGAAGUCACUGUGGACACUUUCACCUUUGCUGGCAUUUUGGUGCUGGCUGGCUCCGAAGAUCAGAUUUGGGCAGAUAUUGUGGAGGUGCGUAGACUAGAAAAGGAAGGCCUUUUUUGCUUCACUGAAACAAAUAGGUUUCAGUGCGGCGGGGCUUGA